AUGUUUGGUAAAUCAGACUCUGAUGAGCUGCUACCUGUUGUGGAUGCAUUUAAUUUGAUGACGUAUGAUUUCUCCAAUCCGUCUAGACCUGGACCUAACAGCCCGUUAUCUUGGAUGGAGUCCUGUGUAUUGGCCCUCGCCCCUGAUGAUAACCCCGAGGUCAGACAGAAAAUUCUCCUGGGGCUAAACUUUUACGGCAAUGAAUACUCUGUUGGAGGGGGGGCCAUAUAUUUAGACAUUGUAAAGAAAUAUAAGCCCAAGUUUAAAUGGGAUGAACCUUCAGAAGAGCAUGCGGCAGAAUAUAAUGUCAUUUUUUACCCAACAUUACUUUCUCUACAGAAACGAAUAGAUCUUGCUAAACAACUGGGAACAGGAAUCUCUAUCUGGGAAAUUGGACAAGGACUGGACUACUUUUAUGAUUUAUUGUGAUCUCUAGAUAAUAAAUCUUGUUGUGUUU